UACUCGGCCCAGCUGCACGUGUUAUUGUUAUUAUUAUUAAACGAAACGCGUCUGUGUUGUGUUCACAUUGACAGUUGUUCGAGUUCUAAACGAAAUCUUAGUUUAUUAUAAGGAUAAAGUUUUCAAAAUUGGAAUUAGUUCGGUACCACAACCGCUACCAGGUGGACCGACGAUCUGGUGAAGGUCGCGGGAAGCCGCUGGAUGCGGACAGCGCAGGACCGAUCGUCGUGGAGAUCCUUGGGGGAGGCCUAUGCCCAGCAGUGGGCGCCGUACGGCUGAUGACGAUGAUGAGUCCGGUACCGGGGUAAGAACCGACGAUUCCCCUCUGAUGGCUCGCGUCAUGCUGUUACUAUAAAACACCUCACACCAGAUGGCUAACAGAACCGACAUAUAAAAACCUUAGUACUUAAUUAGUUAUAAAAAAUGUCAAGAACUUCCGAAUUCAAAAUUCAAAUUUACAAAACCAGUGAUGUGCUAGUGCAGUGAAACCUAUCGAUAAAAUCGAAUGGAAACUUGUUUGUGAAAAAUUGGAUGGAGACUUUUCAAAAAUGGAAAUUGAACUUGAACAUUCUACAAUGGCGCCGAAUGCGUCGUUUAUUUUCCCGAGAGAAGCGACGAUAUUGGCAGCUGUGUGUGCCAGUAUCUUCAGUGUAGUUGGAGUUAUUGGUAACUUCAUCACGACGGUAGCUCUUCUAAUGCAUCCGAAGCUCCGAGGGCACGUUACUACGAUGUUCGUCUUGUCCCUCUGCGUGUCAGACCUUCUGUUCUGCAGUAUCAACCUGCCCCUGACAGCCAGUCGGUACAUCAAGCAGGACUGGCCGUUUGGCUUACAACUGUGUCAGCUCUUUGCCUUCGUCUUCUACGGAAACGAAGCUGUCUCGCUAUUGUCUAUGGUCGCUAUUACUAUUAACAGAUACACCCUGAUAGCUUACUACGACAUGUACUCCCAGAUCUACACCACAACCAAGAUUUGGAUCCAACUGCUCCUCGUGUGGUUCGUCUCCUUCGGACUCAUGGUCCCACCUUUACUGGGCAUCUGGGGCCAACUGGGCUUGGACCACGACACAUUCUCGUGCACAAUCCUGCCGAAAGACGGGAAGUCUCCGAAGAAAUACCUCUUCGUCUUCGGUUUCGCCCUGCCCUGCGUCGUCAUCAUUGUGUCCUACUCUUGCAUAUACUGGCGAGUACGAGAGAGCAAGAGAAAGCUAGAGGGACGAAGGUGCGUAUGUGGCAAGCUGAGCGGUCAAACAGCGAAGGAGAAAGAAGAAGAUUCGCGGCUGACCACGCUCAUGCUGACCAUUUUCCUGUGCUUCCUGGCGUGUUUCCUGCCGCUCAUGAUCAUGAACGUCGCCGUUGAUAGCAUCAGGUACCCGUGGCUGCACAUAAUAGCAUCGAUCCUAGCGUGGGCAUCCAGUGUCAUCAACCCGUUGAUCUACGCGGCAACCAACCGCCAGUACCGUGCUGCUUACGGCAACCUCCUCAAGUUCUGCAAGAACAACCCAGUAGCGCGGCGAACCACGUGGGGCAGCCGCACCGUAGGGCAGAGCUCAAAUUCGCCCCACUACGCCGAGAAGAGGAAUCCCUUGAAAGAAAAGCCUACUAAGUUAUGAAUGUCGGAAAUAUUUCAGAAUAAGUAAUUAUAAUUAUCGUGUGGGUUGUGAGGUGGAAGACCGACCCCACCAACCGUAAAUGUCAGGGUUAUUAUUGAGCCGCCCAAGGCCCCUGAUAUAACUCAAGUAGCAACUACUUACAUCAGUAAGUAGUAAAUGGGAGCAAUGGUUUAACGUGCCUUCCGAAGCACAUAAUAAUUAGUGGACCCAGUAGACGUUGUCGCGCUCAUUUGUAGUGAGUACCAGGUACCGGGUGCAAUUAUGAAUUUAAGUCAUCCAGAAGGGAAUCUAAACCAUGCCAAACACACAGAUCAAAUUUUAUCAAAAUCGGUCACACCAUUUUCGAAAUUUGCACAGCGACUGAUUACACACACUGACUGGACUGACUGGUUUUUAUUUUUUGCACACGUAAAACAAAGUUGUUCAGAAAAUAUAUUAAAACCUGAAAUAGUCGAUGGUUUUCAAAGGAUUAUAUUUACACAUGAUCUGAGUUCUAAUCUUUUGUAAAAGAUUCAAAUUCAGAUAUAGUCAAAAACACAUUAUAGAUAAUAUGCAUUAUGCACUUUGCCCUCAAUUAUCCGUACUGUAUAAAUAAUUAUGAUUUCGAUGAA